CAAGUUAUCGAUAAUUCUACACAGCUGAGCUACCAUCGCUGAAAAAUGUUGGCAAAACAAAAAGAUGAGAUCCGAAAUUUUGGCAAGCGCCUUUUUGGGCCUGGCGGUUAGGUCGAUUAUCUCGCUGUACUCCUACUCCGGUUUCGAUUCCCCGCCGAUGCAUGGCGACUACGAGGCCCAGCGCCACUGGCAAGAGAUCACGGUCAACCUGGCAGUGGGCGAAUGGUACACAAACAGCUCCAACAACGAUCUUCAGUACUGGGGCCUGGAUUAUCCGCCUCUGACGGCCUACCACAGCUAUUUGGUGGGUCGCAUAGGUGCAUCCAUUGACCCCCGCUUCGUCGAGCUGCACAAUAGCAGGGGAUUCGAGUCGAAGGAGCACAAACGCUUCAUGCGCGCAACAGUUGUGUCUGCUGACGUGCUCAUCUAUUUGCCGGCAAUAUUGUUGCUGGCCUAUUCCCUAGAUAAAACCUUUCCAAGCGAUGAUAAAUUGUUUCUAUUCACGCUGGUGGCCGCGUAUCCGGGACAAACACUCAUCGACAAUGGACACUUUCAGUAUAAUAAUAUAUCACUGGGCUUUGCCGCCGUGGCAAUUGCCGCAAUCUUGCGAAGAAGAUUCUACGCGGCUGCAUUUUUCUUCACUUUAGCCCUCAACUAUAAGCAAAUGGAGCUGUAUCACAGCCUGCCAUUCUUUGCGUUUCUUCUGGGAGAAUGUGUUAGCCAAAAAAGCUUUGGUUCUUUUGUCGCUCAACUCUCACGGAUAGCAGCUGUUGUCCUAACCACAUUUGCUAUUUUAUGGCUCCCCUGGUUGGGAUCUCUGCAGGCCGCACUUCAAGUACUCCAUCGCCUGUUUCCUGUCGCCCGAGGAGUUUUCGAGGACAAGGUGGCCAAUGUUUGGUGUGCCGUCAACGUAGUUUGGAAAUUAAAGAAGCAUAUCAGCAAUGACCAAAUGGCCCUUGUGUGCAUUGCAUGCACGUUAAUUGCAUCUUUGCCAACAAAUGUACUACUCUUUCGAAGGCGAACUAAUGUCGGAUUUCUACUAGCGCUCUUCAACACGAGCCUGGCUUUCUUCUUGUUUUCAUUUCAAGUGCACGAGAAGACCAUUUUGCUGGCUGCUUUACCAGCGCUUUUCCUACUUAAGUGCUGGCCCAACGAAAUGAUUUUAUUUCUGGAAGUUACCGUGUUCAGCAUGUUGCCUCUUCUAGCAAGAGAUGAAUUGCUGGUGCCCGCCGUAGUGGCCACUGUGGCUUUUCAUUUGAUAUUCAAAUGUUUUGAUUCAAAGUCGAAGCUCAGCAACGAAUAUCCACUGAAGUACAUUGCACCUAUAUCGCACAUUCUGAUGAUCAGUAUUGUGCUUGCUUCUCUGACCGUUCCGGCACCUACAAAGUAUCCUGAUCUAUGGCCUCUUAUUAUUUCGGUUACCAGCUGUGGACACUUCUUGUUGUUCUUCCUGUGGGGAAAUGUUCAACAAUUUAGCAGCAAGUUAAGUUAGUUUCUAAGAUAAGCAUUCCAUUACAAUAUCUACAACAUAAGCCAAAGAAAUGUUUAUAAGACCUUUAUCGAGUUUUGUUUUAUUUUGUGCCAAUUAUGUUUCAUUUAAGCAGUUAAUUCAAGGUGAAAUAAUGAGGUAUUUGGGUAUAAAUGGACUUAGUCACUUCCAAUACUCGUAUAGCGCUUCUCUCGUCGUAUCUUAUCAUGGAUUUAAUCAGCCUACAGUGCCUACACUAUGCACAAAAGGUGCUAGUGUCGAUAAAAAUUAAAAUAAUUCAGAAUUAAUAUUGUAAAAAGAUUCACUAGCUUAAAAUAUGUGAAUUUUGGUUUUAAUGUUAUUGAAUUUAAUUUUUAACGCAUUGCGAAAGUCGAUCGAAUGACCCACAAAAGCGACUCUUUUGUUGGAUAGUGUUAUCAAUGCUUUGUAAGAGAUAAGAUAAAAACUCGUGAAAUAUUAGGUGAAUAAUAUGUGGGGUUUUGUCCACUUGUUAGUCAUGAACAUUUAAUCGAUCGGUGAACACGCCUUAAGUUCAAUUUUAGUUUGCAAAAGAAGUUGUAGAACAAUGAAUUUAAUAAAAUCAGCUACAUUAGCUGCAGCGAUUUUUUGUAUCGUUUUAAGCCAAGUUUCUGGCCAGACAAAAGAUGAAACCACAACAAUCAAGCCAGAAACGCCAAAGG